ACUACAUGUCCGUCGAGUCGAACGUCAGUGUCAAACAAAUGGAUAAAAGUAUGGAAUGGAAAUCACAGGAAAUUUGAAAAAGAAGGUCAUUAUUUGUGGAUACUUGCUCAACUUUUUUAUUGGUUAUUUUAUCGGUUUAGUGAAACUACAUAACUAGGAUAUCGCAAUACUGUUACCUACUCAAAAUAUAACACAUAUCGUAGCAUUGUUCGCUUUUACUCUGCAACAGACAAUGAACCGGCUUUUGCUCCUAUUUGUUUUCAUAACAGCGCCUUCCAGCUACACCGCUUCCACGUCAAGUUCUGGAUCGGUCGAGUUGGACGAGCUGUCGUUUAAUAAAAUCACUAAUAAAUUUGAAGCCUCGCUGGUGAAAUUCGACGUUGCGUUUCCAUAUGGUGAUAAACACGAUGCUUUCGUGGCCCUCGCAAAAGACGCUAAAGAUGUGGAUGAACUAUUGAUAGCAGAAGUUGGUGUAAAAGAUUAUGGCGAGAAGGAAAAUGAAAAGUUGGCGCUGAAGUAUGGGGCAACCAAAGAUAAUUUUCCUGUUGUAAAACUGUUUGUAAAAGGCAGAAGCGAGCCGCUAUCGUUUGAUGACUCCAAUGGUUUCACUACUGCUGAACUCAGAAAGUUUAUUCGUAAAAACACUGGUUUGUACCUAAGCCUACCAGGAUGUGUUAAAAGCUUGGACAAGCUUGCUCUUAAAUUUGUAAAUGCCAGAGGUGAUGAAGAUAGAAAGAAAAUAUUGAUAGAGCUGGAGCAGGAACUUAACAAAUUAUCAAAUAAGGAUGCUGUCUCUGGAAAAGUCUAUAAAACUAUUAUGUCCAAAGUCUUAGAGCGAGGUGAUGGAUUCAUCAAAACUGAAAAUGAAAGGCUCAACAAGCUACUCAGCGGCAAAGUAUCUGAGGAAAAGAAGAAGGAGAUAGGAAUUAGGACAAAUAUCUUGCAAGCAUUCCAACCUGCUGAUGGACGUAAAGAUGAACUGUGAUUAUUAUAUUUGUUUUAAAAAGUAAUUAAUGUGACAGUUAUUAUAUCUAAGUUUUCUUAGUCAAAUUAUAUGUUUUGAUAGAAUGGAUCAUGAAGUAAAUAUUAUGUCCUGGAUAGGGCAAUUAUGUCUUCACAGAAAUGAAUAACAUUCCAUUUUUGCAUAACUGCAUAAUUCAUAGAUUGCACAACCAGUGAGUGCUUACACACACUCACUUAUGCCCCAUUAAUUCCUACUCAGGCCCCACAUUUUUGGGAGCUCUGUGCACAAAAUUUUGUUAAGGCACUUGAUUACAUAAUACUGGAUAUUCUGUAAUAUGCACCUACAUUAUAUUUGUUGUUACUUUUAUUUAAUUAGAAGUAUCAAUGCACAAAUAAAUAUACGACUAGUAAAAAUGCACUGUGUUCUAUACAAUACCAAAGUAGGUUUAUAACAAAUGAAAAGCCCAAUAUGCAAGCGCUUAUUAUUCAUAAUAAUAAAAUAUGUAUGAUUCCUCAUCACAGAUUUUAUUUCUCAAAUUUAUUUAUUUAUUUGAAAAGGUGCGUUUCCGAAUUUUAAUGAAACAGAUUCUUUACUUGGUAUAAAUUAUUUUGGUAUUAUAUACAUGGCAUAUUUUUGCUUGGGUUUUUAAAAAUAAAAGUGUGGAUCAUA